AUGGAGAUAGACGUCCUAUGGAGUUCUGGAGGUUUGAUGGACAUCCACUGGAUGUCAAUUUCUAUGUGGAUGUCUGUAGAUCAAGUGCGUUGGAAAAUAAAUGCUUUGACAAAAAAAUACAAAGAGUGUGUUGAUAAUAAUUCCAAAUCAGGAAGAAACCCAAUGACUUUUGAAUGGUUUGAUCAAAUGGAUGAAAUCUUUGGUAAACAAAAAAAUGCUACUGCAAUACAUACUAUGUUGUCUGGUUUUCCUCAUAUAAUGUCAAACUCUUCAACUUCAUUGGCACAAAAAUUUGAUUCUACUUUGACAUCUUCUGCUUUAAAGUCUUCUACUUCAAAAUCUUCUACAACAAUAACUGUUUCAAAUGAUCCUGCCGUUUUAUUAGAAAAUUGUUCCAAUAAAAAUGUGCAAAUUUCUACGUCUGUGUCAAGUAAAACAGGUACAAGGAAACGUAAAUUGCAUGGAAGUGGAUCUAAUAUAGCAAGAGCAAAAAUUGCACUAGAAAACCAAUGGUUAGAAUAUUUGAACAUGAAAGCUGAGCUAAAAUUAAGAGAAAAAGAAAACAGACAUGCGCAACAAAUAGAGAUAGAAAAAGAAAAAUGCAAACUUUUGAAAGUUUCUUAA